AAUUGAUUGACGUUUCAGUUAAGCAGCAUUUGCGGAUCGUACUUUUCAAUGAACAUGUCCGCGGCAACUUUUCUGAUACCAUGUAUAUUGCUGGGGGCGCUGUUUUUCUGGCUGCCGAAUUCUCCGCACUGGUUGGUGAAGAUCGGAGAUUACGAGAGCGCGAAACGUUCUAUUUCUUGGUAUCAGCCAGGCAACGAUCCGGACAAAGAACUUGCGAUAAUAAAAAGCAUGGUGGGUGUGUCAGCUUCCGAAGGUUUUUAUCAGAAAAUGCAAAAGUGCCGAUCGGAACACGUCAAAAGAGCUAUAGUUUUGAUUGUUGUGCUUUUCACUUUCAUGCAGUUGACCGGAUUGAACAGUGUUUUAUUUUACAUGGAAAUAAUUUUAGCACGUAGUAAAUUAAAAUAUAUCAAGCCAUCGCUCGUAGUUAUUUGUGUUAAUGCGUCUGGUAUGUUGGCUUCGGCUAUAUCUGUAUGUCUAAUUGAUAAGUACGGUAGAAAAUUUCUGCUUAUACUUUCGUGCGUUGGUGUUACAAUGUCAAUGUCUGGUUUAGCCGCUAAUUUUCAUUUUGUUAGAAUGAACUUGGACAUUUCUAGCUUACAACUGUUACCGAUAUUUUCAGUUUUUCUAUUUGUAAUUGCAUAUUUCAUUGGGUUAAUGAGUAUACCGAGUACAAUUCUCAGUGAAAUUUUUCCGUCAGACAUAAAGUGCAUAGCCGGAUGUAUUGCAAGCUUAGUUGGAGCGAUGUGGUCUUUUGCAGCCACUAAGUCAUUUCAACCAUUGGUAGAUUCUAUUGGCGAACCAUCCGUUUUUCUGCUACAUGGAAUCUUUGCACUUAUACUUAUACCUUAUGUAUGUCUUUUCAUGCCAGAAACUAAAGGCCAAAGUCUUCAAGAGAUUCAAGAUAAGCUUAUGAAAACGUAA